AUGAGUAAAUUAAAUCAGUUCUUUGAAAAAAAGAAACAUAAAACAAAAGUUUUAGCAGAAUUAGAGAUUAAAGAUGAACCAUUAGUAGCUGGGUUACCCGUGAGUUCUUCAACAAUUCCAAUUUCUACUACCGAAAAUAAUAUUAAUACAGAUGAUUGGACUUUAAAUACUGAAAUAAAAGAUACAAUAUCAUCUUCUAUAAUAAGUUCAGGUAUAUCAAAUGCCACUGAUACUUCAUCAAGGAAAAGUGGAGGUAUUCAUAUGGUUGUUGGAGUUAAGACUUCAAAACCUGACUUUGAUUCAAAUAUAUGGAAAUCAAAGUUAAAUGAGACAAAGGUUUAUUCAGCAAAUAAUAAUUCAGAUAUAAAUAGUAAUAAGGAGUUAAAUGAAAAGAAUGAUGAAUCCAAUAAGGUUAAGGAAUCUUUGAAAUAUAAUAUAAGAGCAAGGCUAGCUGCUAAGGGGCAAAAGGUUGAACUCUCAAAUCCUCAAGAAAUAAUUAGAGCAAUGCCUACUAUAGCAGCAGCAGUUGCAACAACCCAAAAGUUUAACCAAGCUAAUCAACAAUAUUCUGGUGAUAGAGAAGUUAAUAGAAAACAUGAAGUAUUUGGUCAAGGGCAAUCAUCAACUAUAGGAUUAAAUAGUUCUGAACGUUCUAAAAAUAAUGAAUAUAUUGAAGAAGAAAAAGAAUUGAAGAAUAGUGAGCGAGAUAAUAAGAAAGAUGACAGUGUAGAGAUUUUAAAGAGUUUGAGAGAAUGUAAUAAAUUUUAUUAUAAUCCAGAUGUUGCCUUGAUAUGCUCAAUAAAUAUUGAAGAAAGUCGACAAAAAUAUACUUCUUUGUUGAAAAAUAUUUAG